AUGGAGGACGUCAACGAGCCAGAUUGUCCCCUGGCCAUCAGCCGCGUCCUGAGAGGAUUCCGGAUGGAUGCUGAUGUCACGGUUCCCGGCGGCCACGUGGAACGGCGAGAAGUGUUGAUUGCUGAUGGUCCCACUCAGGUUCGGAUUUCUUUGAUGGGCAGAGUGACGAUCUGCAACCGCGUGUUGUUGAAGACGGAGAUGACCGGAGUGUAUUUGUUCCCGUUGGGCGCUGUG